CAUUCGAAGAUAACUUCGGUGCAUUUCAGUUGAAAAUUUUUUUUUUAGCAACAUUAACCUUAAAUUAUAACUCGAAAUCCAGCUGAAAAUGUUGUCUCCUGCUAGUGGUACCGGACAAUUCUAUGCGAAAUCAGCGAAAAUCAUUAGAUUUGUACGUUAUGGAUGCACGAAUCGGCCCUUCUUUCACAUAGUUGUUACCGAGGUCAAAAGAGGUCAGCACAUGCCUGUAAUCGAACAGUUAGGUGCCUUCGAUCCAAUUCCGAAUCAAAACAACGAGAAACUGGUAUCGUUGAAUUUGGAAA